AGCCACAGAGCUGUGAGAGAGCCUGUAUAUAUUCCUCAGAGGCAAAGACUGCCCUAGACAGUUUUGAAGUUUCCAGAGACCCGUUCAGCUGUUGAGAAGUUCGAGAAGUCGGCUGAGGACCUAAGCCGCUUGCCAAAAUGUGUAAGGGGCUGGCAGCGUUGCCGCACUCAUGCCUGGAAAGGGCCAAGGAGAUCAAGAUCAAGUUGGGAAUUCUCCUGCAGAAGCCAGACUCUGCUGUUGACCUUGUCAUUCCAUAUAAUGAGAAGCCGGAGAAGCCAGCCAAGACCCACAAGCCCUCGCUGGACGAGGCCCUGCAGUGGCGCCAUUCCCUGGACAAGCUUCUCCACAACAACUAUGGACUUGCCACCUUCAAAAGUUUCCUGAGGUCUGAAUUCAGUGAGGAAAACCUUGAGUUCUGGGUUGCCUGUGAGGAGUACAAAAAGAUCAAGUCGCCGGUCAAAAUGGCAGAGAAGGCAAAGCAAAUUUAUGAAGAAUUCAUCCAGACAGAGGCCCCUAAAGAGGUGAACAUCGAUCAUUUCACUAAGGACAUCACCAUGAAGAACCUGGUGGAACCUUCCCCGAGCAGUUUUGACCUAGCCCAGAAAAGAAUCCAUGCCCUGAUGGAGAAGGAUUCGCUGCCCCGUUUUGUGCGCUCUGAGUUUUAUAAAGAGUUGAUCAAGUAGUAAUCUGAUCAAUUAUCAGAUUGCCAGGCUUCAGAAAUCACCCCGUGAGUUGACUUACAUCCUCUGUAGUAACACAGUAUCCCCUAAGCACCUGCACGUUUUCCCAUAGCAGCUUUGCUCCCAGAUACCCAAACAAAGACAAACCCUACACUAUGUUGCUAACUCACCUGCUCAUGUUGGUUUGAGUGUGGAUCUGUUGGCCUUCACUCCUAUUUCUUCUUUCUGACUGCUUUGUAAUGAAAGUCUGUCUACCACGUCUUUGUCAGCCCGAGUCACAGAAAAAACAAAAUCCCGUUUAACAUAAAGCUGUCUGUGAAAAGAAUAGGUGAUAGAUUGUUCUUUGAACUGGGCUGAAAAGAAAAACAAGCGCAAGGGUCCCCUUUUCAAGGGGAUUUGACUGGUCUUGUUGAUUGUUUUAAUUCUCAUCCUCCAAUGAUUUCUGAAUUUGGUUAGUAUAAGGCACGAAGCUGUUUAUAAGGCAGCCACCGUUUGGUUUUUAAGCAAGUAUAUUGUUUAACAUACUGAUUUCUCCCUCCUAGAAUACCUUUGUGUUAGCUAGACAUUCUAAAGAAGAGAUACAAUAAAUAUAGUGUGCUUUACAAAA